GCUGCAUCCUCGCCACAUGUUUUUUUCUCAGAGAGCCCUGGUAGGUGGCACGUUUAUGCCAUCGUGUCUCAAAAACAAUAGCAAAAGGAAAAUCCGAAGAGCCAAUGUAUGUAUCGAGGGCAUUCACGUCAUGGCUCUAAAGGUGAACAAUGUAGUUUAUCUCAGUUCCAUUUCCCCCUUACAAUGAGCAGGUCACGUGUCAGCCGGACUAUGGAGUAAGAGCAUGCGUAAGAAUAGCAAUGGUGAGAACAGAAGAGGGAAUGUGCGUGGCGACAGCGGAUGGCACAGAAUGCCAACGAAGCUCGUGCGGCAAACACCAAGCGUAUGCAGGUCGCCAGACAAGACGACGCAUAUCGCGAGGCAGAGAAUGCUGCCCAGCGACUUCAGCGCAAAUGUGUCAACAUCGAUCAGUCCAAGGGUGUGAACGCCAGGUUCCGAGUCUUCCUGGACCGUAACUUCGAUGCCAGUUGCAACGUGCGUGACCGACCGUGGUUUGACAACAACCUUACUAUGAUCGCCAGUGUGACGGACGACGAGAAGCAGCAAUGUGCGUUGAAUGUAUUAACAUGGUGUUUCCCCGCGUUAAGAAUGUGCCUACUUGUGUCAUAGUGUCUUGUUUAAUUUUAUUUAUAUCAUGAGAAGCCAACAAACAAAGACACCAAGGACAACAUAGGGGAAACUACUUGUACUUACUAAUUGAAUUCAAGAAAUGAUACAUUAAUGGCAACGAAAGCGUAUGAAAAAACAACUUGCCGCAGGUGGGGUACGAUCCCACGUCUUCGGAUUACGCGUGCGAUGCUCGCAUCGCUGUAUGUGACUAACCUUCCGUAGUUUUUUCGGCAUCCGGCAACAGAAACGGACUUGAUUUCUAACGAACCCAUACACAAUGGGCUUCAUUGUUUGUGUGUGAUCACGUACGCGUGCAGUGCGGCGGCGCAGAUGUCAAAAUGCGGAACAGAUUAUAACGCUCGCCGUGAAAAAUAGCGUGACGUCAAGGCUAUCGCAGUACAUAAGCAGGGGAGGUAUCGGCGCUAAACACAGCUGCAUUAUCGAUGGGGCGGACACGUAUAGUUCGUACACUCGAAGAACAACAUGCGUACGAGGAGCGCCGGAGGGAACAGCAACGCGAAUGUAAACGGCGCCGGCGCGAAACGACCACCGACGAAGAACGUGCCCGCGAUGCUGAACGAAAACGACAAUCGCGAGCCCGGGCACCUGCGAACGAGCAACAACGCCAAGCUCGCAACGCAAUACGGCGGCAGAGGUACCGGAUGGACCGAGUGAACGACUUCAAAGAUUUCCGUCUUUUUCGAACGACCGGCGAAGAAGGUCGAUGUGGAUUACAAAUCUACGUAUCGCCAAAGAAGUAACUCCAACGAUGACUGUGUGCUCUCGCCACUUCACAAGGGACAACUUCUUUUACCCUGGUAUUAAGUGCUUGAGAAGACGACUCAAGCAAACAGCUGUUCCCACUGAGAACCUCCCAAAAUUGGCAACACACGAUGGGAGCAAAGCAAUUCGAUUAAAGAAGCUGUCCUUGGCUGGACACCAUGCUGAUCAGGUAUACCUACAAUAUCUGGCAUAUAGUUGUGAGGUUAGUACUGUUCCCUGGGGAUCAUCAGAAACACUUCCAGGCUCAUCUGAACGCAGCUUUCGAGGCACAGACUCUGGAGAUGCAACUACGAUUGACAGUGAGCAGCACGUCGCCUUUGCGAAGGAGCAGCAUUCCGUGGCCUUCUUCUGUGCACAGUGCAAGACCGUGAUAACUCCGAAUUCCAUGUUGUGCUUCGUUGGAGUAGGGUGCACAUGCGCAGAAGUCAGCGUGAGAAAAGCCUGUACAGGCACACAGACAACUGCAUCCAAUGCAGCCCUGCGUGUGGACAAGAAAGGCCUGGUUAAUGUGACGAGCUUGGGUGAGCGGAGCAGAGCCACAAGAGUGACGUCGCGCCUUGCUUCUCACAAGAUUGGUCAGGCCACGGCUGCUCUGCAGUUCGACUUGCCUGUGGCUCACAAAUCUGUUCAGUGCAUCCCCAGAGUCAAGAGCAAGUCAACACAGUUCUCUGCUACUGGUACGAGGACGUCGAGAACUCUGCAGACAAGAAGAGCUGUGAAUCGGCCAAGUUCUGGCUCAGGUAACUGGCACAGCAAGGGUGCCCAUGGCCGUCAACUUAGCCGUUUGUGUUUCUUUUAAUCCUUUCUGUAUGGAGGAUGAGCUGAGCUUUUCAAGUGUCUACUCGAAAAAUGAUGAUUUCGAAGCCCAACUCUUCCAGCACUGUUUUAUUUUUCAUGCAGCUCUCAAGACAAUUUCAGCCCGUCCGUUGCUCAGUGCGUGCUGCAAGUAACACCAGAUGUCACUAGGAGUCCUUUGAAAAGUAAAGUUGUGAACAGACUU